CAGAACAGCAAUGGCGGCAACCACCUUGGGCCGAACGUGGAAGAGUUCUUCCUGGAAGCAGCAGAAACGCAUAUGGAAUAUUGCUUCUGCGGAUCAAAGUCUAUAUGAGAGAAGAUUCAUUAAAGUCCCUUCGAAAAAAUCCAUGAAACGCUGUCGUAAGGUUUUUGCGUCGGAUUCUAUUGGAGGUGAUAAGAAGGAGAACGCUCAAGCGCUCGAGUUUCAGAAUAGUUUUGAAGAUUCUCCUGUUUCCAAGGAUUCGCAAUCACUUCCAAGGCCUCUAUCUAUCACCGAUUUGCCAAUUUCGCCUAGCCCUGGCUAUCGCCUCCGGGUCGCGUUUCAGGGAGUUCAAGGUGCGUUCAGUGAAGCAGCGGCUGAAAAGGCGUACCCGAAUUGCGAAGCCGUUGCUUGUGAACAAUUCGACACUGCUUUCAAUGCUGUUGAAAAGUGGCUUGUUGAUAGAGCAGUUCUACCAAUUGAGAAUUCUCUUGGGGGGAGCAUCCACCGAAAUUACGAUCUCUUACUUAGACACAGGUUACAUAUUGUUGGGGAAGUAUACCUUGCAAUCCAACAUUGCUUGCUAGCUAAUCACGGUGUUAAAUUGGAAGAUCUAAAACGUGUUCUUAGCCACCCACAAGCUCUUGCUCAAUGUGAGAACACAUUAACAAAGUUGGGAGUCAUCAGAGAAGCUGUAGAUGAUACUGCAGGUGCUGCUCAGUAUAUUUUUGCCAACAAAUUCCAAGAUGCGGGAGCAGUUGCUAGCUCUAAAGCUGCAAGGAUCUACGGGUUGAAUAUUCUAGCUCAAGAUAUUCAGGAUGAUUCUGACAAUGUUACUCGAUUUUUGAUGCUUGCAAGAGAGCCCAUUAUCCCAAGCACUGACAGGCCAUUCAAGACAAGUAUAGUUUUCUCUCUCGAGGAGGGGCCUGGUGUGCUUUCCAGAGCACUUAAUGUUUUUUCAAUGAGGAAUAUCAACCUUACAAAGAUCGAAAGCCGCCCCUUGCGUAAACAGCCCUUGCGUGUACCUAAUGGCGGCAUUAAUGGAUGUACAACGUACUUUGACUAUCUUUUCUAUCUGGAUUUUGAAGCAUCAAUGGCUGACCAAAGGUCUCAAAAUGCCCUUAGGCAUCUAGAGGAGUUUGCUACAUUCCUACGAGUGCUAGGGAGCUACCCGGCUGAUACUAGCUUAACAUGAAUGUCCUUAAACCUGUAAGAAUUUACAAUCUAAACAAUUAUGUCAGUUGGAUUUUGGGCAGAUUUUAUAUUUAUCCACUUAAAAUGAAUGAAAAAACAAGUUUUUUAUUGUAUAACCGAACCAUAACCUUAUGACUAGGAAUGAGAGUUGGCCUUAAUGAUGUGGA